CGCGCGAGAGAGAUAUCCAUCGUCUGUUCUAGCUAAAAACCUGGACUCAAAGAGUUCAGCCAACAGAAAUGCAGCCACACAGUCUCUCUCUUGCUUAGAACUCUGUGCGUCUCUCUUUUAAAACACUUAGACAUCAAGCAAAGAACAGAACAUCAAACUAACUUUUUAGGUGCUUGCCUGCAAAUUCCGGUGCUGCUGAGUAGCCCUCCUUCGGUUUCAUCUUCCAGGCAGGCAUGGAAGCAGCAGAUGAGGAAAGGCCCCUGCUUCAUGUCCAACCUUAUCCUCAGGAUGUAGGUUCAGAAUAUACCAGCGAUGGGUCGGUUGAUAUCAACAAACAGCCUGCUCUGAAGCGAAACACAGGCAAUUGGAGGGCAUGCUCCAUGAUUUUAGGUGUUGAGUUCUGCGAAUGCAUGGCCUUCUUCGCUAUCGCAAGGAAUUUAGUAAGCUAUCUCACCACUGUGCUCCACGAAAGCAAGGUCACUGCUGCGCGGAAUGUCUCUGCCUGGGCCGGCACAUGCUUCCUCACACCACUUAUUGGAGCCUUCUUAGCAGACACUUAUCUGGGAAGAUACUUGACAAUGGUUGUUUCGCUCCCUGUCUACUUCGUUGGAAUGCUCGUUCUCACAGUUUCAGCAUCAGUCCCAACAUCUUACUACACUGGUGAUGUUCACCGCACCGUCAUCUACCUAGGAAUCUAUAUUGCUGCACUUGGCAGCGGCGGUAUCAAACCCUGUGCGUCAGCAUUUGGGGCUGACCAAUUUGAUAGCGCUGACCCGAUGGAGCUAGCGAAGAAGGCCUCAUUCUUCAACUGGUACUACUUCUUGAUCACCUUCAGCUCCCUUCUGUCAAGCACGGUGCUUGUUUGGUUGCAGGACAAUGUUGGGUGGGGGAUCAGCUUUGCAAUCCCAGCAGUGCUCAUGGCCUUGGGCCUCACAGUACUUGUUAGCGGCUCAAGGGUGUACAGGUUUAGGAAACUGAGAGUAAGCCCAUUCACGAGUAUUUGUCAGGUGGUCGUUGCAGCUGUCAGGAAGUGGCAUGUGCAAUUGCCGGAUGAUAUCUCACUGUUGUAUGAGCUAGCGAGUUCCUCGUUAACACCUGAAGCAAGUCACAAAAUUCAACAUACGAAUCAAUUCAGGUUCCUUGACAAGGCUGCCAUUGUGCUGCCCCCGUCAGCCAAGACAUUAAUGGUGCCGCCAAUGUGUCCGUGGAGGCUCUGCACAGUGACACAAGUUGAGGAGCUGAAGAUACUGCUACGAAUGUUCCCCGUCUGGGCAUCCUUCGUGAUCUUCUAUGCAGUCGCUGGGCAGACGACAUCGACAUUUAUCGAGCAGGGGAUGGUCAUGGACAACCGUGUUGGUCCUUUUGCAAUCCCACCUGCCUCCCUCUCUAUCAUUAGUGUGUUCAGUGUACUUAUCUGGGUCCCCGUCUACGAAACUGUGUUAGUGCCACUCGCACGGCGUUACACUGGCAAGGAAAAGGGAUUCUCGCAGGCGCAGCGCCUUGGAAUUGGCUUUGCACUGUCCACGCUGACCAUGGUCUACUCAGCAGUGCUCGAGAUGAAGAGGCUGGCAAUGGCACAAGCCAGCGGCCUUGCCAACGAGAAUGUGCCCACGAGAAUGAGCAUUCUGUGGCAAGGGCCAUCAUAUGUUAUGCUUGGUGCAGCUGAGGUUUUUGCCAGUAUCGGCAUGACGGAGUUCUUCUACGAUCAGGCCCCAUACUCCAUGAAGAGCCUCUGUGCAGCGCUCGCGCAGCUUGCGAUAGCGUCCGGAGCAUACUUCAAUACGAUCAUGUUUGCUGCUGUCGCAGUGGCCACGACACAGGGCGGGGCACCUGGGUGGAUCCCAGACAACCUGAACGAAGGCCAUUUGGACUAUUUCUUCUGGAUGAUGGCCACUCUUAGCUUAUUGAAUCUGGCGCAAUUUGUGCACAACUCCUUGCGGUUUAGAGUGAAGACAGCUUCUUGACCCGAAACAGGGGAGACUAGAUAGUACCUUAUAUUUUUUUUAUUGCAGUACUGUUGCUGCUUAACAUAUGUCAUAAUGACAGAUAAUAAGGUUUCUAAAUUGACAUGUUAUCAAUACAUCGUCAAACUUGCAUAGAAAAGUAUUGUAGGUAAGGUGUCCAACAAAAUGAUAAGGGCAAAAUGGAUUUGAGGAUAGCCUGGAACUGAAAUUGCCCAAAGAGCUGGGUUCCAAAACUAUGAUUAACAAUAGCAGCAGCAGCUUCAGAAUUA